UGGCUGCAAGCGAUACUGCUCUCAGUUCGAGCGAUGAGGAAGUCUCACCACAUGCACACAGGUAGCAAGAACUGGCAGCCACAGUGUGAAAUUGUAAUCUGAAGGUUAACAUGUCUGUGGAUGGGACCGAGCUGCUUUUUGAGAGCUUUCUACAAAAAAGAAAAGACACGGUGAAAAUGAGAUGGGUCACAUACUGGUUCAGGCUUCAAAACACAACCUUGUUCUUCUACACUAAGAAGAAUGGACGUGCUUCGAGCUUGAGAGGAUUUUACUACAUAUACACAGUGCAGUCAGUGCGAGAGGUCCAGAAAGCUGACAGGAAGCGCUUUAUUUUUGAAAUAACCAUGACAAAUGGGAAGAAAAAAGUGUUGGCAGCAGAGACGGAGGACCUCAGGAAGGAGUGGGUGGGAUACCUCUGGCAGGCCAUGCAUCUCUCUGCCUCCACGACCUCCGUCUCUGAGGACGCACAACUUGAUGUGUGUGAGCAGCGAGAAAGACUACAUAGCAUGGCACCCAUCUGCUCACACCGCGAAAGUGUCAUGGAGGAGCUUCCAAUUCGGCCCCUCUCUGCGCCCCCUCCCUCUGACUACAUCUACGCACAACCCCAUAAAAUAUGCCCCCGCACCAAAGACACCUUGCAUCCCAAAGACACCUGGCAACCCAAGGAGACCUCUCAGCCCCAAAACACCUGGCAACCCAAAGACACCUGGCAACCCAAGGAGACCUCUCAGCCCCAAAACACCUGGCAGCCCAUAGAGCAGGACAACGAGGAAGACAUUUAUCAGAACACAGGGAAAGCCUACCAGAAUCGCAACGAUGACUGUCCCAGCGAUCCCCAGUGGUCCAGCCAGAUGAGCAGUGCAGAAGCCGGACAAGAAGGACACUAUGAUGUUUUGCCUAUUAGAAACAGGUUGUGUAAGGUGAACCGCUCAGCGGAGGCAGAAGAGGACGUUUACGAUGUCCCUGCGUCCUACAGACAGACUGCUGAAUGUCAUGAGAGUGUCUAUGACGUGCCAAGCUCACUCCUGAGAACCAUGUCUGAUCACACCAUAGACGAUCAGCCAGAGGAAGGAACCUACUGGAAUAUAUGAGGUGUAGUUUCAGAGCAUCGGUGGAGGCCGGCAAACUCGCCAGCUUUGGAUUGGAAGACCGUCGCUGCUUCAUCUCUUUAUCUUUGUGUUUCAGUUUUAAAUGAAACUAAUCGCGUCUUCUACUCUGGUUUAUGCUAGAUGCUGGUAUGUAAAGACACAGGCAGUAAAAACUGCAUCAGUUCUGUGAAAUGCACUUGCACACAGUUUCAUUGUAUCGGUUGCAGCCAAAGGAAGGAACUAAGUGGAUGAUUUGAGCUGUGGUUUCAGAACAUCUGCACAUGCAACUCCACACGCUGUCAACCUUGGGAACUGUUCAUUUCUGUAUUUUGUUUUGUUUUACUAGAAGUAGCAGUAUUGGAUACUAGUACUAUUUAUACAAAUGUAAAUAAUAUCCCUCAUCUUUGUUCAAUGUUUCGUCUAAAACUAGGCAACAGAUACGACCGCAGCAGAGGUUCAACUGUGGUAUUUAUUUACUCCUUCUAUACAAGACCAGAGAACCACAAACACAUUUAUAGGUAGAUAAAACAUGCUGUACAGAAAUGUGUACACACAAAGAACUGCAGGGUCAGUCACACUAUGUUUCACAAAAGUAAAAACAAUUCAUUUUACAUGUUAUACCUGGUUCACAGUUUAAAAGUAUACACCAUUAUACUUUACUGAUAUUGCUGUAUUACACACUUUGGACUUGAUUUAAUGGGAAUGAUCUGAGCUUAAUGCUAAAACACUUUAAAAGAAGGAAAGAAAGUAAAAGUCUACUAUGAGCUUGUUGUCAAAUCUGUAUUUUUAAUCUCUUAUUUCAUUUAUUUUGUGGGAAACUCUUUAAACGCCACGCACUCAGUUUAGUGAUGUAGCGAGCGAU